GAAGUCGGAAUUUUGUUAAUUGCUUUGGUUUUGGUUUUUUGCUGAGGCAGCCCUAUUUUAAAGUGGAUUAGGAAGGGUGAGGAAAAUUACUCUGGGGACAGAGAACGCGGCAGAUAGCGGUGGACAAACUGCGAAGACCGCUUCAUUACCUUGGGAAUCACCGCUGCCCUAGCCCGAGGUGGUAGCUAUCGAUAUUAUUUGAUGAAUAAGGAAACUCGGUUCAGAGAAAAGCACCUUCGUACAUCCACUAAAGUGGGACUUCGCCAUCAGGCCCUUGUCUGAGAGCGAGGGAAACAGCUCUGAUUCUGAGGAACUAUAGCUUCUCCCUCAGUGCCUGGGAGAGUACUAGGACUGCUUUCUGGGAACUGUGGAAUGUGCCCUUGGGGGCCCAAGACAGCAGAAGGAAGAUGCUCCAGACCAGUAACUAUAGCCUGGUGCUCUCCCUGCAGUUCCUGCUGCUGUCCUACGACCUCUUUGUUAAUUCCUUCUCAGAGCUACUCCGAAUGGCUUCUGUCAUACAGCUGGUGCUCUUCAUCAUCCAGGACAUUGCAGUCCUCUUCAACAUCAUCAUCAUUUUCCUCAUGUUCUUCAACACCUUCGUCUUCCAGGCCGGCCUGGUCAACCUCCUCUUCCAUAAGUUCAAAGGGACCAUCAUCCUGACAGCUGUGUACUUCGCCCUCAGCAUCUCCCUUCAUGUCUGGGUCAUGAACUUACGCUGGAAAAACUCCAACCGCUUUGUCUGGACAGAUGGACUUCAAACGUUGUUUGUAUUCCAGAGACUAGCGGCAGUGUUAUACUGUUACUUCUACAAACAGACAGCUGUGAGACUGGGUGAUCCUCGCUUCUACCAGGACUCCUUAUGGCUGCGUAAGGAGUUCACACAAGUCCGAAGGUGACCACUUCUUGUCACGCUGAUGGAUGCCUUUCCUUCCUGACAGAAGCCACAUUUGGGGCUCUGCAGAGGGGAUGGUCAGCCCUGUGCACUAGGAAGCAGCUUGACAUUUCUAGGACAGGCCCAGGCCAGUCGUGUUCAGCAGUUGAGAAGGAAGAUCCUCCCUCUAGCAAAUUAAAGUGUUCCCUAGUACAGACUGCCGUACGUCAUCCCUUCCCGGCCUCCUGACGCAGUUCUGCCCCCUGUCCUUUCCUGUUCUCUACCCCUCUCCCCCACAGAGGGCUCUGUGGC